GAUUGCUCAUUUAAAUGGGGGCUGGCGUCAAGUGCACGCAAUGCCCCUCGCACUAUGCACGUCUAAGUGUAUAUAAGGCCAUGGUGGACUACAUUGAUUUGAUUCCAACUGUGAAAUGAAGAAAUUGCUGCGGCUUAUUCAGCGCGUUUUGCCCUCGAAUGCGGCUGAGGGCAGAAUCGGCUCCAUCGAGCUGAACUUGUGGCUGGCUCACUUGGUAGGCCUGCCCCUGGUGGGGCUGAAGCCGGAGACACCUCUGCAGAAGCUGUGCAUCAUUGCAGUCGGAUAUCCCGUUGUGCUUGCCGUUUGGUAUUAUGUCUUCCUGGAGCUAUACGACCUCUGCCUCAAUUGGCAUGACCUGGACGCAAUGACACAGAACCUCAUCCUCUCCUUUACGCACGUGGCCUUUCUGAUAAAGAGCUGUGCUGCAUUUAUCUUUGUUAUCUACAUAUUCCCUCUCUUUCAUUCUGUUACGCUCAAUGUGAGAUUUCGAUUGAGUCUCUGGCGUAUCAUGUGCUACGGAACCCUUAAGAGCAUUUUACAGAAGCUGUCUGAGAUCACCCGUCGCUGCGUGCUCUCCGAGCGGCAACUGGAGGCGUUUCAGAGAGCUGAGCUGAAGAACAAAUUGGCGAAUCUGGCUUACUUUUACCUCGUGCUGACGCCAGGUAUUCUGAGUGUGGUCUACAUACUGACCGGAUCUAUCUGGAAUGGUACACGAGUGAUUCCAGCAAUUAACAUGAUCUACCUUGCAGCACCCGAGGAGUUUGCAGGAAAUCGUUUUCCGUAUCGGGCCCAAAUGCCCCACUUCCUGCCGCGCAUCGUGCAGUCGCUCUACAAGGGCUUGGGUGUUUCGCUCCUGGCACUGCAGACGACCACCAUUGACUUCCUCAACAUCUCGGUGAUGGGGCAGAUAUGCAUGCACCUCCAGGUGCUCAGCUUGGCCUUCGAGAAGCUGCACGACAGCAGCGGCAUCGACGCCUACAGCUGGCUGGUUGCCACAGUCAAAUACCAUUGCGAGUUGAUUCUUCUGCGCCAGCAAGUGGAGCGCAUCUUCAAUCUGGCUGUGAUGCUGCAGUUCGUUAGCUCCGUUUUCAUUGUGGCCAUGACCGCCUUCCAGGUCAUCGUGAUCGGCGACGGCUCGAAGAGCUCCAUGAUAAUGAACCUGAUGCUCUGCUGCGUGCUCUGUCAACUGUUUAUGUACUGCUACUUUGGCAACGAGGUGUACGAGCACAGCAAAUCCCUCUCCAGCGCUGCCUUUAGCUGCAAUUGGUAUUCACUCGACCGGAGGUGCAAGAAGACCUUGUUGAUUUUCAUGGUAAACGCGGAUCGUCUAUUUCUGUUUACGGCUGGCGGGUUUAUGGGUCUCACCUUGCCCAGUUUCACUUAUAUCAUAAGCAAGUCCUAUUCCCUUGUGGCGGUGCUCAGGCAAAUGUACAGCAGGUCUUAGAGGAACUAGUGGAGAGAAGACGA